GAUGACACAUAAGGAGAAAGGAGUUGAAAAAAUUUGACAUUUCAGUGUUGGUGUUGACAAUUACUCAACAAAUCGGCAAGGAACAAGGAAGAUAAUAAUUAAAAAUUAAAGAAAGAAGGAAGAAACGGUGGACGCUGGGAGUCAUGUCGAAGGACAAGUUAAUUAUUAUUCGGGUGCAAUCAUCUGAAGGCACAAAGAGAAUAGAGAUCCCAGCCUCUGCAGCAACAUGUCAAUUAUUCGAGAAGGUCCACAAUGCCUUCGAUCUCAGCAGCUUUGCCUUCGCACUGCACAAGGAGAAGAAUCAAAAAAGGGAGAUUAUAAGCAGCAAAUCUCGGACGCUCAUGUCGAGCGGUCUUCAGCAUGGUGAUAUGAUCUAUUUGUCAUCGCUAGAUGGGACAACUAUAUUUGCAGAACCAUCCACAUCGAAUAAUAAUGUCUCGAACGCUGGGGAACCUGAGGUGAUCGCUUCUGGAAGUGGUAUGGCCAGUCGAGGUAAAAUCAAUUCUGUUAGUUUGAACAAAGUGGCUGUUAAAGAGGACGAUGUUGACGUUCAGUUGUUAAAAGUAGAUGGAAAGAUAUUUAGGAAAAAGGAUGAUAAAUUGUGCAGGCACAAUAGUAAUUCUAGAUGCUUCCAUUGUUCGGCUCUGGAGCCGUACGAUGAGGCGUAUCUGCGUGAGCAGAAAAUUAAUCAUUUAUCCUUCCACUCUUACUUGCGCAAAAUGACUUCGGGGGUGGACAGAGGGAAGUUCCUGGCUCUGGAGGAUCUGACCUGUCGCAUCCGCAGCGGAUGCAAGGAUCAUCCGCCGUGGCCGAAGGGCAUCUGCUCCAAGUGUCAGCCUAAUGCUGUGACACUAAAUAGACAAGUCUACAGACAUGUGGACAACGUUCAAUUUGAAAACACGAAGUUGGUGGAGAGAUUCUUGAAUUACUGGCGUUCCACCGGUCAUCAAAGGAUCGGCUUUUUAUUUGGAAAAUACGAAAUGCAUACUGAUGUGCCUUUAGGUAUCAGGACGACAGUGGCUGCAAUUUAUGAGCCACCUCAAGAAAGCACACGCGAUUCAGUACAAUUAUUGCCGGAUGACAAGGCAGAACUAGUACAGCUUCUGGCCGAGGCACUCGGAUUGAAGAUGGUCGGAUGGAUAUUUACAGAUUUGAUAGCUGAAGACGUGCAGAAAGGCACUGUUAAACACACCCGCCACAUUGACACCUAUUUCCUAUCCGCCCAAGAAUGCUACAUGGCUGCUUACUACCAGAACAUGUAUCCCAACCCUUGCAAGCACUCGUCCAAUGGCCACUUUGGAUCGAAAUUUGUCACUGUAUGCGUUACAGGCGAUAAGACCAAUCAGGUGCACAUGGAAGGAUACCAGGUCUCCAAUCAGUGCAUGGCUCUGGUCAGGGAUAACUGCUUCGUGCCCACGAAAGAUGCUCCGGAAUUAGGAUACAUCCGAGAAUCAUCAGAUAAACAAUACGUGCCCGAUGUCUACUACAAAGAGAAAGACACAUACGGAAAUGAAGUGUCAAGGCUGGCGCGUCCACUUCCAGUUGAAUAUCUUCUUCUGGAUGUACCGGCUUCGACUCCUCUGUCACCGAUCUACUCCUUCAACCCAGAUGAUUCUAAGCAGCUAUUCCCAGUGGAAAACCGUCUCGUCGAUGGUCACAUCCAGGACUUUAAUGCACUCUCGCAAUAUCUAUCCCAGUUCAAUCCCGACGAAUUCCUGACUGCCAUCAGUGAUUUCCAUCUGCUGCUGUACAUAGCUACCAUGGACAUGCUUCCAUUGCGCGAAUACAUGGCACCACUUCUGGAGGCUAUCAAAACUGGAAACGUGGAGGAGGCGAGGCAAUGGGCGAGGUCCGAACAGUGGGCUACCCUGGAACAGCUGAUCGCAGCUAGUUCACCACCUAAUUCCAGACCUGGUAGCGUUGCCGGGGGAAGCGUGAACGCAGGCACGAAUUCCAGUGGGCCUCAAUGGACGUGCCCUUACUGCACCUUCUUAAACUCCUCGGAUAUCUCCAACUGCGAGAUGUGUAAUCUACCGAGGGGCGUGUCUCAUUAGAGCGACCCGUUUAAUUAUAUUCAUUUCCCUUAAUAUUUUAGAUUACUAUAUAUUUUUUAAAAAAUGGUUACUUUCCUCCCAGUCUCCUCCGAUUCCGAAUCGACCGAUGAAAUUUCCGACGGAUGUAACUAUUGUAUGCUUUUCGCGUACGAUGCACUUACUUAAAUAUAACUGAAAUGAAAAUAACAAGUGUGUUUUGGACAGGAUACAAAUCGUGGCAAGGAACCCUGCCAUUAGUAGUAUGAUGAUGAUGAUGAUACGAAGAAUAUAAUGAACGCUUUCGGAUUAUAUUUUUUUAAAUACGAUAAUACUAGACAGUAAUAGAAAUUGAUGAUGAUGAUGAUAAUAAUAAUAAUGAGGGAUGAAACCG